AUGAGUGGCAAAGUCGGAAUGGACUGGUUUCCAUUGCUGCCUGGUCAUGAGGUUGUCUGCGCAGUAGUGCAAGUUCCAGAGGAAGCCGCGCUUUGGGGCUUUAAGGUUGGCGACCUCACCAAAGCCAAAGGCGUUCACAUAGCAGGCUUUUUCAGCGAAUACACGACUUUGGAUGCAGCAAGCACAGUGCUUAUUUCACGCAAUUUUGGCGUCAACACUCCCUUGAAAGGACUCGAUAAACCACUUUGCCCCAUAUUCUGUGCCGGAAUAACCAUUUGGGAUGGUCUGGAGCAGACCAAACUUGGAGUCUCCGAGUCUGUGGGCGUGGUUGGCGCGGGCGACUUGGGUCAGCUUGCCACAGCCUUUCUGACAAUCCUGGGGCACAAAGUAGUUGUGAUGGAUGUCCAGGAGAAGCAGCUGGUCGCCUGCAAAGAAGAAUACCCUGGAGUUGAGACUAUCAACAGUGACAAUUGCUCUGAUCUUGCUACCAAACUGAGGGAGGUGAACGAUGGUAAUCUUCUCAAUGUCGCCUUUGUCACCUCUGGCGUCAAAGCUGCCUAUGAUUCAACACUGCCUUUGCUGGAGCCAUAUGGAAAGUUAAUUGUCAUAGGUCACCCUCCCAAGCCGCUGGAGAUCUCUGCAUAUAUGAUGUCAGAUAAGAGACUCAGGUAA